CUGACCUGCCGGUAGGGAGUUAAAGAAGGAAAAAGGCCCAGCCCCGACACAGUAACGGAGUAGGGGGAGGGGAUUAGAUUGGUAAUCGUAGUGCUUUGUUAAGAGUACAGAGAAAUCAUUUGGGCUGUGCUUUGGUAUCUAAGGGUGGGGUUAUUUUUACACAUACAACAGAGCGAGGCCUUCCUGGGACUUGGGAAGAGGAAAGAAGGAAACAGCAAGGAAAUAAGAACAGGCUCUUAAUGCUUGAGAUGUCCUGAUGCAUGAAAGCCUGGGUUUCUUUGCACAUAUAGUAUGUGCACUGCUGGGAUUACAGAUACAGAGGAACUCAUCUGUCAUCAGGGUUUUUUGGCUUCCUGGAGAAAUAGUAGAAAAUGCAAAACAACGAAAUAAUAAAGCCUGCUAAGUACUUCUCAGAAGUGGAAAAGAGUGUGCUGCUUGCAUUAGUUGAAAAAUACAAAUAUGUACUUGAGUGUAAAAAAAGUGAUGCAAGAACUAUUGCAUUGAAACAACGUACUUGGCAAGCGCUUGCCCAUGAAUAUAAUUCUCAACCUAGUGUAUCACUACGAGAUUUCAAGCAGUUAAAGAAAUGCUGGGAAAAUAUCAAGGCACGGACAAAAAAGAUAAUGGCACAUGAAAGACGGGAGAAAGUAAAAAGAAGUAUUAGUCCACUUAUAAAUACUCACAUCAUAGGGAAAGAGAAGAUUGCCAGCAUGAUGCCUGAGCAAAUGUACUUUUUACAGAGUCCACCAGAAGAAGAUUCUGAAUAUCAACCUGAUGCUUCUAACCAAGAGUCAUUUUCUGUCUCAAACAGAGAACUGUGUGAUGAAGAGAAAGAGAUAGUACAUUUCCCAAUAUGUGAAGGCACCUCCCAACCUGAGCCCUCAUGUUCAGCUGUCAGAAUAACAGCGAAUAAAAACUAUCGAAGUAAAGCCACUCAGGAGGGAGCUUUGAAAAAGAUGCAUGAGGAAGAGCAUCACCAGCAAAUGUCAAUUUUACAACUGCAGCUGAUACAAAUGAAUGAAGUGCAUGUGGCAAAAAUACAACAGAUAGAAAGGGAGUGUGAGAUGGCUGAAGAGGAACACAGGAUAAAAAUGGAAGUGCUAAAUAAAAAGAAAAUGUAUUGGGAGAGAAAACUGCAAACCAUCACAAAAGAAUGGCCUGUAUCAUCCUUUAACAGACCCUUUCCUAAUUCACCCUAGAAUUUAUGGUGGGCCGAGAAAAUCUGGUUGAGCACAUUGUUACUAAGGUGUAUUGGCAAGAGGGUCUAUUAAAAUUAAUGUAGUGUGACAGAAUGGAUGUUCAGUCAAUAGUGAACAUGUUUGGACUCCUUAAUACCAUCUAGGAAUACAGAUUGGAUGAGUCUAAUAAGGGAAAGUUCUAUAGUUCAUUUGUGGGUGAGCGCUGAAAGUAAAUUGUCUCUUCUUUGAGUUUCAGAUAUGCGCAGUAGUACUUGUGAAUUGUGAGCAUAACGUUUGUUCCUCUCUCAAGUUCCAACCACUGUUUUUAAAUCUAGGAAGUUCCUAUAGAGUAGACACACCUGAAAUUUGAGUAUGUUUUAAAACUUCGGCUUUACAACUUUACACUUUAAAUUAUAUUGCUUGUUUUCUAGCCCUUUCCUCCAUUUCCUGGUUGAAGGCGGGAGUUGGAGUCAUUCUUUGUUCUCACACUGAACACCGCAGAUAUUUGACAGGCAGUAACCCAAUUGCUAUACAGGGACAUAGAGGAAAUCCCCUCCCCCUUUCUUUUUUUAUUAUUAUUUUAUUUAUUAUUCCUUCUCUGCAGCAGGUAAGUGAAAAUGAAGGAGCUGGUGAGGAGACAAGAGGACCAUUCUAGUAGGUAAUUUGCAGGGAAAGGAAAUCAAAACCUCCAACCAGCUGGCUGAUUGAGACGAUGAUUUGGCACUGGCCUGCUAGCUGCUAGGGCCAUAACUGUUGGAAAGAGGGAAAGAGGAUAUUUUCCCAGAAGCAGCUACCUUUGGCUGUCCUCUCUCAGUCCUAUCCUAUCACCCAGCUAUAUAUGCAGGAACUAGAAAUAUGUGAGGGAAGCAUGCUACUGAAACUGCUAGAGAAAGAAGCCAGCCCCUUAACUGCACUGUACACCUGACAUCAUUCUGUGGAUAAAAGCUUUGCUGCUGCUUCAUGUAGUUCUUAAGAAGCAGCUGGCUGGCUAUCUUGCCAACAAGCAAUUCCUCCCAGCAGCCAGCUAAUGGAUUUAGAUCUUGCUCCUUAUUAGAAGUGAGGUCUGUUGUGGAUCCUGCUCUUUUCUCACCAACUCAACAUACUUAUAGAGGUAAAGGCAGAUUUUUACUUGGUGCAGUGCCCUAUACCUGUGAAUUCUCUCUGCUUGACUAUGUCCCACAUGUCAGCCCAGAGCCACCCUGCCUCUGCUAUCAACCAGGGAUUCCUGUUGUCUUUAUUUACUUAUAUGUAUCAGAAUAGCACCGAGAGGCCUCAAGAGAAACUGGUGCCCUCUUGUGCUAGGUGCUACACAGACACAUAAUAAAAGAUUGCCCCGCCCUGAAGAUCUUAGUCUAAAGAAGACAAGGGCUGGGAAAUGGGCAAUAUGAAACCAAGGGUAAAGUAUUAAAGUGCACAUUUAGAGGUUUACUCUAAAGGAUCUUCCUCUAUCUGAAAAGGUGUUUUGGAGGGAGAGGCAUUUUAAAUAAGUGACAAAGAAUGAGCAGAAAACUCCUUAUUUUUUAUUUAGUUAUAAAAUUGAGAGUUCCAUUAUUUUAAAUGUAUUUUUCCCCACAGAUAAUGGUUAAUAAGGAGAAAACCAUACAUUAGCAAUAUUUUUCAAAUGAAAACAAAUUUUAAAAGGUGUCAUCCUCCCUCUGUUGUGUUCCACCUCCCACCUCUUCUCUGGAUUUCCUUCCUCCUGCAAGGUUUCGUAUUUAUUUUUCUCUUGGUCAUUUUUCCCUGCCACUGAUGCAUACUUGUAGGCUUUGCUCCUGUUAGUCAUAAUAUGCUGCCUGCACCACAAUGGUGAAAGAGAAGAGAAUGAUGCUGUUUCAGUGCUGCUUCUCCUGAAUGAUUGACAAAAUCAGUUCUGGCAGAGAUGGAGCAGGCACAAACAUGAGGCUGCUAUGAAACAAAAGGGCAAUUCUAGUGGGUGGCAAAAUCCCAUUCUCAGUGUGGAUGGACUCCCUCUUCUGGCAAAUUGGCUGUAGGAAGGAGAAGACAGUGGAGCCGAAGAGUACUAAUUCUGUUGGCCCGAAAGGAACACAACAUUGGAGUGUGGGACAAUAAUCUAUGACUCAGGGUAGGGGGAAUUAAAGAGGAGAACUGGGGUUGGGGAGGGCAAUUCUUUGGUCUGAGGUCUUGAUCUGUGGUUUAGGGGGUGAGAAUGCUUUGAGUGGAGAUGGUGAUGGCCCAUGCACCUAUGAAAAAAGGUGGGAUGGAGGAGACUAUAUAUUAGUGUCACACUGACACUGACAAGGCCCUUCCCAUACUGCUACUGGCUGAAAACCACUCAGAACUACACAGUGUAAAAAAAUAGGUAAGGUAUCAGAAGGUGAGGAAAAGAGACAUCUUGAGAGUUGGGGAGGGAGCAAGAGUGAUGAGAGAAUGUAGAUUUGAAUGGGAUGGGCCUAGAAGACAAUACAGCAUGCUCCAAGGAGAUUGUGAUAUCACUUCAUUUUUUACUCUUUAUGGUGAUAGCACUGCUUAUGAGAUACAUUGUUUUUAUGUUUAUAUUCCAAAGAAAUUCAUUUAAAUUAUGCAUAUUUUCAGAUUACCAAGUGGGUGAUGUCUCAGAUUGGCAAUACACUCUUAGAGCCUUAUUCACACAGAGGAGUGCUUGAAACCAAAAUGUACAGCAUUUGGAGUGGGCAAGAGGGCCUUUGAAUUCAGUCACUGUUGUAAAAAAGUAUAGCAGAAGGAUUGGAAAGAACCAAGGUAAAGAGUUUAAGGAAAGAAUAGCUAGUGUGAGUAUUAUGCCUAGGGACAUGGUAUUGAGUACCACAAGAUGUCUGGAGACAUUGGAACAAUAUUUAUAUAAGGAAGUCUUACUGAUCCAGCUAGACUUACAGAAUGAUUAUUCCCUGUAUUGUCCUAAUAUAUAUCCCCUUGGAUAACACUUAAAAUUGUUCCUCUCUCUUCUUUCUGGCUUACAUCCUUAUAUCCUCCAUUAGCUGUUUGGCCAAGAUUCUUAGUUUUUUUCUAAAUCUUUUCUCAUAAGUAAAUCCCAGCAGCCCUAAACUAUUCAUUUCUUGUCUCUGAAUUUCCUCCAACUUGUUUACAUCUUUCUAGUAUUAAGGUACCCAGAACUGAACAUGAUGGGCCAAAAUUAUCCCUGGUUUAACUCCAUGGAUGAUAAAUUAUACCAGAGAGGCAUUUGGCCCAGAGUUCCAGUUGUGGUCUAUUUGUUCAUACAGAGAGAAAGUGUCAUCUCCCUGGCCAUGCCAUGAUGCAUCUGCUUAUAUUGUCCAAUAUCACAUUGACUUUUUUUACUGCUACAUCAAAUUGGAGCUCAUCUAAUUUGCUAUCCACUGUCACAAGAAAGUCUUUUUCUGCAUUACUUGUUUCAAAAUUUCUGUGUCUCAAGAUCUGUUUCAUUAUUCCCCAGCAAUACAAGCUUGCAUAUUUCCAGGUAGAAUCUCAUUUUGCUGUUUUCUGCCUUUGGCUUUGAUCAUACUCAACCCAAGAUCUGUGCACAGAGUGGACCCUCCUUGCAUAGCUCCACUUAUUGCAUGGCACAGUCACAUACACGU